AUGCAGACACAGUCUUAUAUUGAUAUUGUGACAAUGCAGACACAGUCUAAGGGUUCACAUGAAUACAAUGACUUAUAUAAAAAUGAAUUUCAUGCAGGUGGAAGCCAAGUGAGAUUUCAGCCUGGACAUGGGAAGCUUUUGGCAGUUGCUAAUAAAAAUGUUAUCAACAUAAUUAGUGUUAAGACUUUUAAUCUUCUGAAAAUUCUUCAGGGACAUGUCAAUGAUAUUUGUUCCAUAUGUUGGGAUAGCCGUGGACAAUGGAUUGCCUCUGCCAGCGAAGAUGAAGUAUGUAUUUGGUCGCUUAUGAUGGACGGAGAAUGCUUAUAUCAGUAUUCAGCAACAGGGAAGAAGUUUAAGUGCAUCAUAUUCCAUCCUCGAUACCGUAACGUCUUAGUUAUUGGUAGUUUACAGUGCAUGGAAUUGUUGAUUUUUGAAGUUGGGCAAGUACUUAAUAAACGUAUCUCUGAUUUACCAACUACUGGACUAGCAGAUUGUAUGCAAAAUGGAUUAAUUGCAUCAACUACAACUAGCAAUGAUUCUGUGCUUUUCAUUUGCAAUGUGGAAACAAAUCGUUCUUUAACUACAUCCGAAUCACAUUCAUUGUCCAUCUUCGAAGUUAGAUUUCAACCAGGGUCAACUAUAUUUGCAACAUCUUCUUAUGCUAACACAGUAAAAUUAUGGAAUGCAGAAAGACAUGAGAGAUCAGUGUUCGAAUUUGUUGGACAUAAUGAGAGAGGCAUGGAAUUGUUAGUUAUUGAUGUUGGAGGAUUACUUAUAAAACAUGUCCCUGGUUUACCAACUACUGGACUAGCAGCUUGUAUGCAAAAUGAAUUCAUUGCAUCAACUACAUCUGGCAUUGAUUCUAUGGUGAACAUAUGGAAAUGA